AUGUCGCAUAGAAAAUUGCAACAGGAGAUGGAUAAAGUCUUCAAAAAGAUAAACGAAGGUUUAGAGAUCUUUAAUGACAUUUAUGAAAGACAUGAUUCUUGUAACAAUAACCAAUCUCAAAAGGAGAAAUUAGAAUCAGAUUUGAAAAGAGAAAUAAAAAAGCUGCAACGAUUGAGGGAACAAAUCAAAUCGUGGCAAUCUUCAAAUGAAGUUAAAGAUAAAGAUUCAUUAUUAGAUUAUAGACGAUCGGUAGAGGUUGCUAUGGAAAAAUAUAAGAUAGUUGAAAAAGCAUCGAAAGAAAAAGCUUAUUCAAAUAUAAGUCUGAAAAAAUCUGAUACUUUAGACCCUGAAGAAAAGGAAAGACAAGAGGUUUCGACGUAUCUUUUGAAUUCGAUAGAUGAACUAGAUAGACAAUUUGAAGCUUUACAGAUCGAAGUUGAUAAAUUGCAGCUCUUAAAUAAAAAGAAGAAAACUUAUUCAGCAGCAAAUGAUGAAAAAAUAAGAGAUUUAAAAUCUUUACAAUCGCGAUUUAGAUGGCAUCAACAACAGAUUGAAUUAGCUUUGAGAUUACUAGCUAAUGAAGAGCUAGAAGUCCAAAAAGUAAACAAUAUCAGAGACGAUUUAAAUUAUUUUAUUGAAGCAAAUCAAGAUGCCGAUUUUAUAGAAGAUGAAACUAUCUAUGAUAAUCUUGAUUUACAAUCAAAUGAAGCUAUUGCUCAUGAAGUGGCCAAAUAUUUUGCAUCUCAAAAGCUGGUGGAUGACGCUGACGAUGAUUCCAGCAUCAACAAUGAGAGUGUACCCAGCACGCCGUCUUCUAAGAAAAAGGCAGAUGACAGUACGUUAUCUUCAGAUGAAGCGGCAAAGAAGUCCAAGAAAGAGUUGAGAAAACUUGAAAGGGAGGCAAAGAAAGCUGCCAAAUUAGCAGCCAAAAGCGCGCAUGCCAGUGCUGCAGCAUUAGGAGCCACUCCUGUCAUCAACACCACUCCAAUUUUACCGCCUCAGGAGAGGCUGUCUCCUUCUCCAGCUCCAUCCGUAACUAAUAAUAAACCAUCUGAGCCAUCUACUGAAAAAAACCCCGACAUCGUGCAUACACAUAUUCAUCAGGGACUAAAUGGUGUAACAAGUUCUACAAUCUUAAAACCUGCUCCAAUUCCAUCGAAACCAGUUGGCGAAUCCAAAUGGUCCACAAUUGCAGCAGCUAGUCAUAAUCAAUCUAUAGAAUUGGUAAAAUCGGAUUCGACAACGUCAACACCUAUAUCAGCCAAUGCUAUGUUGGUUAAUAAUGCUAAAGAAAAAAGUACUAGUCCUUUGAUCUCUCCCUCUCCUAUUGAAAACAAUCAACAUCACACUUCUUCAUUAGAAUCACUGAUUGGUAACAAUAAUGCAUCAUCUGCUCAAACAGCGGCUGCAGUAUUAGCUGCAGGGGCUGCAGCAGUCAAUCAGAAUAACCAGCAAUAUCACAAUAAACAAAGUGGCUUUUCAAAUGAUCAAUUGCUUGUUACUGCAUCUCAAACAAAAAAUGAAGUGGAUCAAGAUAAAAGAAAUUACAUCGAUUCCACUGCUCAUAAGAACGAUGAUGAUUAUGUUGAAUUAACUUGCAACUCCUCGAUCUUCAACUCUGAUUCAGAAACGGAGUAUGAAACAGAUUAUGAAGAUGAACGAGAACUGCUACAACAAAGUCAACUAGAAACGGAUUCUACAAAUAAAUCACGCCAAACGCCGGAGUUGAACUACCUCAAUGAUUUCCAUUCUUUAAUUUUACCUAAUGGUAUCAAGGAAUACAUAAUGAGCUAUGAGAUCAAUAAUGAUAAUCCUAAAAGGUCUAAAAUCAAACGCAGUGUCGAACUCUGUAAUAUUGACCGAUUGAACGAUAUACCAGCAGGUGUGAAUCCACCAAAUCCAUUGGAUGCAUUUAGAUCAACACAACAAUGGGAUUUGAUUCGCUGUAAUUUAAAGGAUCUAGAAUCUUUGAGUCUCAACGAUGUUUUAGGAAAUUUUAAAAAUUUGGAAAUGUUCAGUUUAUUUUAUAAUUAUUAUUUUGCCAUUACACCUCUAGAAAAGAAAAUUUCUUUUGAAUUGUUGAUUCAAAAAAAUUGGAAAAUUUCUAAGGAUGAGACUAUGUGGUUUCUAAGGCAAAAUGUUAUAAAAUUUCAGAAUGAAAAUUUUGAAAUAAGUGAUUUCAAAAUAUUUAAACUGGAUGAUUGGUCUGUAAUAGAUAAGAUAAAUUUCAGAUUGGAUUAUUCUCAACUGAAAUAUAUUGAUAAUGAAAUAAAGCAGAAUUUGCAGAGCCAUAAUAGUACAAACAACAGUGUGACGAUAGACAGUGAUGCACUGACUCAUGGACAACAACUUCUACAACAAUUAAAACAGACCAGAGACGAACCAAGCAUAUGA